AUGACUUUCACCACCAACAUCCCUGAGCCAGAAGUAAGGGUACUAGCACAGGACAGAGUUGAAUGGCUAGUCCCCCCCACUAUAAUGGCUGUCACCCCUGGAAAAUGGACAGACAAUGUGGAAGGAAGAGGACCUAGACUGAAAUACUUCCUGCUUCUGCCUGGUAACCUCACAUCCCAACGAUUGCGAGCAACAAAAUCGGGUACUUACCAGCCUCACCAACCAACUUCAAAGUCAUCCUCAUCCUCAGCAACUAUUCCCCCUAGUCCACUUCCAAUGGCCAACUCGAGCAGUCCACUUCUUUCGAAACCAAUCCCCACUAAACCAUUCCCAGGAGCAGUGAAAGUUCCUUGGGUCAUUGUCUGGACAAAUGAAGCAAUGGACAUUGACACUAUUGCGGAUAGUGAUGAUUCUGACUCACAUUUUUUGUGCUUUGAAGGAUUACCUUUUGAGUGGGAAGCUUGUCAAUCCUGGUUCUACAGGAAAGCCGUCUCCUCGCAUAUUGUGUGGAUCAACUGGAUGUUCAGAACUAUUUCAAACUCUCAUUCCAUGAUCUGGUUAGAUCUCAAUAGCAAUGAAGAUGCAUGCAAAUUAUGUGGUUAUCUAACUCACAGGACAAUGGGGAAGUGUUCUUUGAUAAAUGGGAACGACCCGCUGCUCCCCCGCCGACCCCGUCAGAUGAUUACAUGGAAGGAUCCUCACAGACUGUUCCCCUUGAAACAUGACUCACUUCGCCUCGGUGGUCCCCUCCUCCACCCAAUGUCACCCUUCUUCAUAGAGCCAGAGUUACGUUGGAGGAUUGUCAUCAUGUACUUCUCGGAACCCCAACUUAGGGUUCUGAUUCACUUCUUGAUCUAA